ACGCGGCAUAUAUCAAUGAAUCGCAAAAAAAUGCCUAAAUCCUAACCUAAAAAUAAUUAAUUAAAAACAAGUUAUUUUCAUAGAUAUAUAUCUAUGGUUAUUUUUUAUGUUUUAAGUGUAUAUGUAUUUGUAAAAAAGUUUAGUGUAGUUUACUUAUGGAAAAUCAAGAAAACUCACUUUCCUCUACCAGUGAAAGUCGAGACAUAAACUACUAUUCUGUUCUGCAAUGCAAUCAAAAUUCAACCAUCGACGAAAUAAAGAGUAAUUAUCGAUCUCUGAUAAAAAAAUUCCAUCCAGAUAAACAAAGUAAAGAACAAUCUUAUUCAGAUGAUAAAUUUAUCCACAUUGAUAAGGCCUAUAAAACAUUGAGUGACGAACAAUUGCGUAAAGAAUACGAUGCUGUUUUACUUGAAAAAAGUUUUAACGAAAGUUCUUUGAUUUAUGCUGAAUUAGAAAAAACGGGACUAGACUUUGAUAGUGAAGGUGUUGCAGUUUUUCCUUGUAGAUGUGGACAAAAUAUUGAAAUUUAUAAAUCAGUUUUAGAUGAUGAAGAAAGCUUGAUAGAAUGUUCUGAAUGCACAAAUUGUGUUCUUAUUAAAUGAUAGCACAAUAAUACACUUUGUACAUUAAUAAUAGUUUGAUAUGUGCAUCUACAUAGUUGCAAAAUGUUCAAUAAUUUUUAUUUACUUGGAUUAAAAAUGAAAUAUUUACAAAUAUGGUGCCACCUUUUAUU